CCGACAGCUUCCCCUCUUCCUACCUCUUCGAACCUCUUCCCCCGUGAAACCGAAAAGCUGGAGCUGCCGUCGAUCUCGCAGGUCCACACCCGCGGUCCUGCUGAUAUCCCCUGGUACAACCACCACGCGGCCGAACGUCCACUGCUGUCGGGCGACAAGCUUCCCGCGCUCAGCCUGCCUACUGCCACCCAGGCCCCGUCCCGCACACUAUACCAGGAGGGCAUCUCUGGACACUCCGCCAGUUCCAGUGCCCGCAGCAGUAAUCAGGGCCUGGAUUCCGACUAUAAUAUCGCCCAGCAGGGCUACUAUCCCAGUCCGACCUCGCUCGGCAGCAUGAAUCAGGCUCAGCCUUACAUGGAUGUCCAUUCCCAUAUGUCGUCUGCUCAACCGUACGCUUCCCACGGUGCCACGGCCGGUGCCAUGUCGCAUUAUCAUUAUCACCAGCAACCUCCGGUGCUGCAGCCGGCGUCGUCAUAUGGCCCGGCUUCUUACCCGCAGUACGGAUAUCCCAACGGUGUCACUUCGCCGCCCACGGGCCACCCGCCGCCGGCAAGCUCCAUGGGUGGACAGAUGAACCCGCAGUUGCUGCCACUUCCAGUGAGCAACCAGCCCAUUGCUGCACCCGGUUAUGGAAACAACACCGGGGCCCCGUUGCAAGGCUAUGUUUAUGAUCCCACCGGCCAGGUUGCUCCUCCGGGAGCCAAGCCCCGGGUUACAGCGACCCUAUGGGAAGACGAAGGUAGUCUCUGCUACCAGGUCGAGGCGAAGGGUGUCUGUGUGGCUCGGAGAGAGGACAACCAUAUGAUCAACGGCACAAAACUUUUGAAUGUGGCCGGAAUGACUCGCGGCCGCCGCGAUGGCAUUCUCAAGAGCGAGAAGCUGCGCCACGUAGUCAAGAUUGGCCCGAUGCAUCUCAAGGGCGUUUGGAUUCCUUUUGAGCGCGCCUUGGAAUUUGCCAACAAGGAGAAAAUCACCGAUCUUUUGUAUCCGCUCUUCGUGCACAACAUCGGCGGCCUGCUGUACCACCCGGCCAACCAAACCCGGACCAACAUGGUCGUGCAGGAAUCGCAGCAGCGGCGCCUGGAAGGCCCUCCCCCCGGCGCUCAGCGUACCCCGACGGCUCCUCAGUCUUCAGGCUUGCAUCACCACGCCAUGCAGACCCCCAUGUCCUCGCACAUGUCCCAGCCUUCCUCAAUGGGUCCGCGUCCAGGAAUCGAUCGAGCCAACACUUUCCCCACGCCUCCCGCCAGUGCGUCCAGCCUGAUGGGUGUGACAAACCAGGGAAGCUCCUAUGAAUGGGGCGGCCAGGGCAUGAACUCGGGAGUCCCCCACACCCAGCCAUUGUCGAUCGACACUACAUUGAGUAACCAGCGUUCAAUGCCGACCACUCCGGCCACCACUCCUCCCGGGAACAACAUUCAGGGAAUGCCUCCGUACCAGAGCCAGACCGGAUAUGACAGCUCCAAGUCAUACUACUCGGCUCCGCCUCAGUCCCAUUCUCAGUAUGCUCCGCACACGCCGAUGACCCAGUCCGGUCUUUCCAGCUAUGGUCAGCCUCUUCCGGCAGUCGGUUAUCUGAAGAAUGAGAUGGCCCCUCCCACGGGACGGGCUCCUGGCUCCGAGGCCGAGUCUGCGGAGCUGAAGUCUGAUCGUUACUCCCAGGGCCAUGGUGCCAAUGAGUCUGUACCCGAGCAAGAACCUGAGUACCUGCAGGACCAGGGAUCUGCCUACAAUUCCAACCGCAACUCGUAUAGUUAUACGACCAACCCAUCGGUGGGAUCUCUCACUGGCGAGCACUCGCAGUUGACUCCUGAGAUGACUGGAUCCCCGCAGCAAAACGGCUCCGGUCGCAUGACACCUCGCACCAGCGGUGGCCCGCCUCCUCACUGGGCCUCUGGAUACAACACGCCCCCGCGCCCACCAGCAGCCACCACUUUGUACAACGCGGUGAGCGACACUCGUGGGACUCCCGCCAACGGCGCUUCAGAUCCCUACUCCAUGGCCUCAACAUCAACCCCCGUGUAUUCAACCACCCUGAACGGAUCUCUCGGCUCAGGCAAUAAGCGCAUGCGUGAAGACGACGACGUGAUCCGCUCCGAGAGCACCGGCGAUUAUGAAAGCAAACGUCGCAAGACCCUCACCGACGCCACCCUCGGCGGCCCCGUCGGAGGCGCUCCUCUUCUCCAGCCCAUGAAGACCGGUGGAGUGAUGAAUCGCCGUCGAUGA